AUGGCUGAUACUUUGAGGAGACUGACUAAUACCUCUUCAUUCAACGUUUUACAGGACAAGCUUGAAACCUGGCACAGUGACUACCACGUGCUUUCCUGUGAACAGAAUUUGAACAGAUGCUGUGAGCUGGUUGAGCUGACAGCUAAAAUACAAGGUCAACUAUUUUCUAUUCUCAAUCUGACAGCUGCAGAAGGCGGACAAUAUGGAGGAGUGGAUACUCUCAAAUCACGCCUUCUUCCAUGGCUUGGAAGCUGUUUCUCUAUGGCGCGACCAUCUCUUUCUGAUGACACCAGCUUUCAGCUCCUGCAGGACUCAAGAGAGAAAGACAGACAACUCAAGGAGCUGUCUCUAUCUCACGACAGUACCAUGCAAAAGAUAGAAGAUCAGCUGUGCUCUACACGGAUACAAUUGGACUCAGCUAGAGCAGAAUUAGUUGAAGCUCAUAAUGAACUGGAUGACACAAAAAACCAAUCAGCGACUACUCUGCUCGCAACAGAAGAUGAGAUCAUACAGCUCAGAGCAGAUUUGCGUGUGGCUCGUGAUGAACUUGAAAUCUACAAGAGAAAGCUCAGCACCAUUGAUGACUAUGAGCGACAAAUACGUUUACUGAGAGAUGAAGUGUCAUACCUCACCACAGAAAAGACCAUGCAAGAAAAGCUGGUCCACAGUCGCUCCCCCAGCCCUCUGCCCAGGCUGAGCCGCACGUCCAGUCCCAUUCGGAGCGAGUCGCCGACCAGGGCGCAGCUCACACACUCGUCCCGACACGCUCGCCUCGUGUCCCGGUUCAGCGACCUGUACGCCGUGGAGAGACUGGAGGCCCAGGCCACACUGCGGCGCUACGUGGACGAUAUAGAAAUGGUCUAUAAAAUCAUCUUCAUUGCUGCCGUGGAAGCCUUUAGAGUCGCGAGGCUAGCAUAUCGUCAGUUCAAACUGCGGAUAAGAAAGUCUCUGGCUUCUACCCACUUUGGUCCUGAGAGUUUGGAGGAUGCAGCUGUCGACUACAUCGUUCGUAAUCUGGAUCUUUAUGACGUACAAGCCAGCGUGAAUGAUGUGAUCGAUUCAAUGAAUGUGAAUCCUCGCAUCUCAUUUCCUCCAGAGACAGACUUUGUUCUUAUCAGUCCUUUGAUCAGAGAGAUCUGCAGAAUGGCCUUCGCCAUGCAGACUCUGGACCCGCCUCUGGACUUGGCCUUUGCCACUGAAGGGGAGCUGUACAACGAACUCAGGUAUCGUCGCAGCUAUGACUCGGAGUUCUCUGCUCCUCUGGUCUUGUACCAUGUGUGGCCAGCGCUAAUGGAAGGAAACAUUACAUUAGUGAAGGGUGAAGCAGUUACUCGCAGAGGUGCUAUGUGGACUAGAAGCCGCAGCAGGAGCAGGAGUGCCAGCCCAUUGCGCUCCAGGUCUCUCAGUCCGUCUCGCAGCCUCGCAUUUAACAGUCGAAGGAGUGUGUCUCCUGAACGCCUCAGUGCAAGCUACUUAUGA